AAGCAGUUUUGGGGGAUCAUUUGUAACGCCGUUUUUUCGCCCUGAAGUCUGUGUUGUGUUUUGUGUUCUGUAGAGAGAGACAGGGACAGAGAGUGGUUUUGCGAGCUCCGAAGGUGGUUUCGUAACGUUCUGGUGGUCUUACGUUACGGUUUCGAUUGCUGUCUUUACCGAGAGGGAGAGAGAGAGGGUGUGACUCUGUAAAAGCGCUGUAUUGGAUGCAAAAAGCCGGAGCUUUUGUAAUAAAUCGUACUAACUGCUUGGGAUUGAUCUUAAUUAGUGGUGUUAUUACUAUUAGCGUUUGUUGUUUGUAUAUAGCUUGGUGAAUUAGGGUGUCGGAGAGAUCUUUAGGUGAGCUUUUCCUUUUGUGUCUUUUUGGUUUUUUUGAAUUUUUGGUGUUCGACUCGGAGGAUUUCAAUCAUGGCGAAUUGGGGCGGGUCGUUUUCCCAGUCAAAUGUUUUGGCGGAAGGUUGUGGAAGGGAUGAACUGUAUGCCGAGCUAUGGAAGGCUUGCGCGGGCCCACUCGUGGACGUGCCACGGUCCGGUGAGAGGGUAUUCUAUUUCCCACAGGGGCACAUGGAACAAUUGGAGGCAUCAACAAAUCAGGAGCUGAAUGAGAGAAAUCCACUGUUUCAACUUCCCUCGAAGAUUCUCUGUAGUGUACUUCACGUUGAGUUGAUGGCGGAACAAGAAACAGAUGAGGUUUACGCACAAAUUACUUUAGUGCCAGAUGCAGACCAAAAUGAGCCUACAAGUCCUGAUCCCCAACUUCCUGAUCCUCCAAAACCAAUGGUUCACUCGUUCUGCAAAGUUUUAACAGCCUCUGAUACGAGUACACAUGGCGGGUUUUCUGUUCUCCGCAAACAUGCUACUGAAUGCCUUCCUCCGCUGGAUAUGAACCAGUCGACCCCAACUCAGGAAUUGGUUGCUAAGGAUCUUCAUGGUUAUGCAUGGCAUUUUAAGCAUAUUUUCAGAGGUCAACCACGGAGACACUUGCUUACAACAGGAUGGAGUGUUUUUGUGACAUCUAAGAGAUUAGUUGCUGGAGAUUCCUUUGUAUUUCUGAGGGGAGAAAAUGGGGAGUUGCGUGUUGGGGUGAGGCGUCUUGCCCGUCAACAGAGCAGCAUGCCAUCGUCUGUGAUUUCUAGUCAGAGCAUGCACUUAGGAGUGCUUGCAACUGCUUCUCAUGCUGUUACAACCCAAACUAUGUUUGUAGUUUUUUAUAAGCCAAGGACAAGCCAGUUCAUAAUAAGCUUAAAUAAGUAUUUGGAGGCUGUCAACAAUAAGUUCAGAGUUGGCAUGAGAUUUAAGAUGAGUUUUGAGGGGGAGGACUCUCCAGAGAGAAGGUUUCUGGGCACAAUAAUUGGGGUUGAAGAUAAAUCUCCUCAUUGGGCAGGUUCAAGAUGGCGAUCACUAAAAGUUCAAUGGGAUGAACCUGCAUCUAUUCCCAGACCAGACCAGGUUUCACCAUGGGAGAUAGAGCCCUUUGUGGCUUCUGUACCUGUAAGCAUGCCUCUACCUGCUCCGAAGAACAAAAGGCCCAGAACACCCAUUGAAAUUCCAAAUCUUGAUAAUGCCAGUUCAACUGGAUCAAAUCUCUGGAAUUCUGCAUUGAUGCAGUCUAAUGAAAUGACACAAUUUAUGGCUGAAGGCAAAAGAAGUGAAAAUCAUGCUAUGUGGCUUCAAAAGCAGACAGAUGUUAACAGCAACUCAAUUUCAAGGACUCAGACCGAUGCGAGCUGGUUAUCUUCUCCUCGUGCAUGUGUUACUCAGCAUCUAUUUCAGGAUACGAUAGAUGACCGCAAAAGUGUCUCUAAAUGGCCUUCUCUCCCAGGCUAUUCAACUCCACACUCUUCAAAGCUGAACAACGACCCAUUUCCUGACCCUGUUGAGAAAGUGAAGAAAGCUGACACUGCUUCUGGUUGCCGCUUGUUUGGAAUUGAGCUUAUCAAUCACUCUACAACCUCACUUCCUGUGGAGGAGGCAACCACACAACCAAUUAGUAUGUCUAAUGGCUCCACUGAAGGACGUAGUACCCUGUCAGCAAUUGAUUCAGACCAUAAGUAUGAUCUAUCAAAGGAUUCAAAAGAAAAGCAACUGGGACAGCUGCAAGUACCGCUAAAAGACAUUCAGAGCAAGCAAAACUGCUCCACUUCAACCAGAAGUCGCACCAAGGUUCAAAUGCAGGGGGUUGCUGUUGGUCGGGCUGUAGACUUAACUAUGUUGGAAGGAUAUGAUCAACUUAUAGAUGAACUUGAGAACAUGUUUAACAUCAAGGGACAGCUUCAACCUCGUGAUAAGUGGGAAAUUGUCUAUACUGACGAUGAAGGGGAUAUGAUGCUUGUGGGUGACGAUCCAUGGCAGGAAUUCUGUAACAUGGUGAGAAGAAUCUUCAUUUGCUCCAGCCAGGACGUGAAGAAGAUGAGCCCAGGAAGUAAACUGCCCAUGUCUUCCAUAGAAGGUGAAGGGACUGUUAUGAGCUUGGAUUCCACUGAAAAUUGAAAUAUGGAACUGUCAUGAUAUUUUUUGUUUACUCGCGUUUAUUUUUUCCCGGUCUCAAUUAUUGUCUGUUUGUUAGCUUUGAUGGGGUGGGGGGAUUUUUGUUGCUUGGAAGAUGUUUGAAGUUCGGGGGAGAGACAUUGGCUAAUUCAUAGCUCGUUUUUUAGAGCUACCUUCAUGAAACUCAAAAGCUCAGUAUGCAUUAGUGGGAAAUAUUAGAGGCUAGGCUUAGAGAAAUCUUGUGAAUACUUGUGGAAAUUGCGGUGGUGCUGAUGAGCAGGACUCGUACUUGCCGUGAGAUUAAGCGUACUGAAUAAUUAGAGGGGGAAGGGGCUGGUUGGGAUGGCGUUGGCGUGCAGUCUUUGUUUCUUGUGAUUGUAAAUAGACUUGUUUUCGAACUGUAAUGUCACUCUUUAGCAAGUAGGAAUUCGCAAGGUUCUGUUGCUACA